GCUGUGUUACACUGUGAAAGAAAGCUUGAGUACAUUUUUAAGUGCAGUGAGUGAUUACAGAAGACUUUUCCUAUUAUUCUGAUCUAACAAGUUGCAAUUGAUAAUGUCACUCAGCAACAGUUGUUAGGUAGGGAAGAAAGGCAUGAGGCAUUUUCUCAACUUGCAUUCCACAGAGAUCACAGUUCUAUUAAUAAAAGCCAUAUAAGACCUCUACUUGCUUCCUGGAUACAAUAGAGAUUCAUUUAGUAAUGAUAGGAAUACUGUAUGGCAUACCUAUUCGCCAUACCACUCAGUGUAAGGCGCCACAUUUAGUAUUUGUUUUUCAUAUGCAGCACGUAAGCUAAUGGUGUAAAAAUGCUUAAGAUAGUGUGAACGUUCUUUUUGAAAAGUUCAGAAGGGAGUUUUUAAUGAUGGAGCUUGUCACUCCCUCUUACAUGUUGAAUAACUUUGCCUUAUAUGAAAAAUAUCUGCUAAGGAAGAGCCAUACUUAAAAAUCCAUCUCAAGAUUCUAGACAUUUGCAAAGAAUGGAGCAAAUCACACUGAGUAUCAACAGGAUACCAGAACUGUUCUCCCCUGAAGAACCUAAAGGGCAUUUUGGUGAGGGCUACAUGAUGCAAUUAGACUGGCAUGGAAAUUCAUGAAGCCAAAGUCCUGACCUAUCUGCAGCAGCAAAAACCAAGCACAUCUCUUGUAGAGCACUGACUCUUCCCUCACCUUAAAGAAAAUCUCUGAGGCUUACAGAAACUUCCAGUGUAGGUAUCUGCUGGCGACUGUUUGCAUGUUUGCUUUCCUGACAGGAACUGAGAUAUCUUAUUGUAUAGAUUCCUUUUUAUUAUUGUACACUGAGACCUCCUGAGAGGACCACAGGUUCUAUAUUAUGACCAAUAUCAUUCAUGUGUGCUGUCUCAAUAUGUGUCUUUUCUGAAGGUGGACACAUUAAGUUGUCACAAACAUUGAUGCUAUUCUCAUGUUUGAUUUGUGUACUCUGAUUUAACUCAUGGAAAUUGCCUUCAUCAGUUUAUUUAUUUUUUCAGUGGAAUGAAUAACAAGCAUUCAAACCACAAACAGUACAAACAAAACAUUGUGAACAUUGAUGUAGCUUACUUAAAACCUGAGUUUUAAAAGUGCAUAAGAAUAAGACCAGAAGAUAAUCCUGGAGUAAAGAAAGCAUAGAGCAGCCUAUCUGCAAUCCUUACAGACAACUGUUUAAAAAGUAAAAAUAAAAAGUCAUUAGGAAGCCCCAGUAAUAGAUUGAGGCAGACCUACAUGUACCUCUUGCAGUCGUCAUUUAUGCACCUGUGGGGCAUAUGGUACCAGGGGAAUACCAAAAUAGCAUAGCUCCCUGAAGGUGAUGUUCCUUCCCUUGCCAACAGACUUGCUAUAGCCAGUGUUCUGCUAUUCACACUCUUCUCUUGUAGGAGAUGUUCUCAAACAUUUGCAAUGCAAGCAAACAGCGAGUGAACUUCUGCCAGGGUUUGAUGAUGAUGGCUUUAGGGGAAUGCAUUACGUGCCUAAGUGCUGAGCUUUAUUUGUGAUUGCAGCAAUGCUGCCUGGCUGGUCAUAAAUCCAUUAUGGCAUGCUCCAUCUGUUGCACUGGUGGUUGUUACUUUUUGCUAUGUCUGGAGUCUUUCUGGCAAUAGAUCUGAUCUCUUUCUUUAUGGCUGUUGUUCUCUCAUUGUACUUGGCUGAAGAUUAACUCUGUGGUGAUCUGUACCAUUCCCAUGUGGGCUGUUGGUCUCUUGGCCAUGUCUCUUUGUGCACUCUGUCAAUAUCUGAAGCCCAGGCUUGUUUGGUAUCUGAUUUGGCUAGCUUAAUCAGCACUGUUACUUUGAUUUGUUUUAACUUGACCCAUGUAUUAGAAAAUAUUCUGAGUUAUCACUGCCUGUCUGCAUGAAGAGAUCUGGCAGGUGCAUGGGAAAUCCACAAGGCAAGAAAUGUAAUAAAUGGAUCAGUGUUCCAUGUUGGAACUCUAUGAUGAUGGAGCAUUUAUAACAUCACAAUUGUAAGCCUUUUCUAAACCUUCCGUUAUGCUUCCAGCAUUCAGGCAUGUAAGGCCUAACAAGUGGUAACAAUCUCAGCAGAAGAGAUUGAAAGAAAUGAGUAGGAUUUAUAAUUGCAAUUGUUUGGAAGUACCAUGGGGAGAUGGAGAUUUAGGUUCUUGGGCAGAUCGCUCACCUCUGCAUGAGGCAGCCAGUCAAGGACGUCUUCUUUCUCUAAAGACUUUAUUGUCGCAGGGUUACAAUGUAGACACACUAACUAUUGACCAAGUAACUCCACUUCACGAAGCCUGCCUGGGAGAUCAUGUGGGAUGUGCAAGGAUCCUUCUUGAAGCAGGAGCAAAUGUAAAUGCUACAACAAUUGAUGGAGUGACACCUUUAUUUAACGCAUGUUCGAGAGGCAGCGCAGCAUGCGCUGAGCUCUUGUUAGAAUAUGGUGCCAAAGCUCAGUGGGAGUCCUGUCUUCCAUCACCAACUCAUGAAGCAGCCAGCAGAGGACACAGUGAAUGUCUGGAGGUACUGAUAUCCUGGGGUAUAGAUGUUGACCAAGACCUUCCUCAUUUAGGAACACCUCUAUAUGUAGCAUGUGUGUCACAGCAGAUCCAUUGUAUUCGAAAGCUUCUUUAUGCAGGUGCCAAUGUGCAGAAAGGAAAGCAUCUGGAAACUCCACUGCAUGCUGCUGCCCAGCAUUCAAGUACAGAGAUUGUAAACUUACUCCUGGAAUUUGGGGCAGACAUAAAUGCCAAAAACACAGAUUUUGAGAGGCCUGUUGAUUUAGCUGCUCCACGCAGUUUAGUAGAGAGACUGCUGCUCCUCCACGAAGCCACGCCAUCUUCUCUUUGUCAGCUUUGUCGACUACGUAUCCGAAAUUACAUAGGAAGAGCUAGACUGCAUCUUGUCCCGCAACUCCAGUUGCCAACAAUACUGAAGAAUUUCUUACAGUAUAGAUAACAUAAUAAUUAACCUUUAGAAAGCUGAAUAACAAGUCUUCUGUUUGUUGUAAAUUUUACCUAAAGAACUGCUGGGCGGAAAAUAAAGCCUUUUGCAUAUUACUUUGAAAAGACACAAAUCUUUGACACCUGGUGUUGGUAUGUGAUCAUAAUUGGAAGCCAUUCAGCAACUGGUACCAAGGUGCUAACAAGGCUGAAUUGAAUAAGUGUGCUGAUACUCUGGGAAAUUAUUGUAUAGUUUUAGCUUAACACUUACUAAUUAGCUUUAGUGCUGUUAAUUUUAUUUGUAUUUAUACUUUAAAAUCUGUUUGGCACAUGGGAACUGCAGAGUUUCUUCAUUUUUAUUUGUUAACUUUGUCCAUUUGGAGUCAUUAUUUUAUGUGUUUUUAAAUUUCUGUUUGUGUACUGAAAAAUACUCGGUGGUAGGUACACUACAAACAUUGAUUAAAAAAAAUAAAAAUAAAUAGAUAGCCA